AUGAAAUUGAUCGAAGAUAAUCCUCGUUUGCUCUACACUUCUGCGUUAGAAAAUGAAGAAACUCCUUUACAUAUUGCUUCUACGGUUGGUCACUUUAAUCUUGUGACAGGGAUCAUGAAAUUGAGGAAAGAAUUUUCCCAAGAACUCAACGAAGACGGUUUGAGUCCAUUGCAUAUUGCCUCAACUAAUGGGCAUGUUGAGAUUGUGAAGGAGCUUUUGAAAGCAGAUCACAAACUCUGCCUAGUUAAAGGAAGAGAAAGAAGAAUUCCCCUUCACUAUGCAACAAUCAAAGGCAGGGUCGAUGUGAUAAGAGAAUUGAUUUUAGCUAGUGCAGAUUCUGUAGUAGACGUGACAGCCCGAGGAGAGACAGUUCUUCAUUUGGCUGUGAAGAACAACCAAUUUGAAGCCUUCAAAGACUUGGUGGAACAUCUUAAGAAAUUCAACAAAGAGGAUGUCUUAAAUAGGAAGGAUGACCAAGGGAACACUUUCUUGCACCUUGCAGUUUCAAAAAAACAGUACAAGGUGAUUGACUUGGUGCUUAAGAAAAAUGUUGUCUCUAAUGGGGCAUUAGAGAUCAAUUCCUUGAACAAGAAAGGUCUCACAGCUCUUGAUGUUUUUCCCUUUUUCCAAAGCGAAGCAGACAUUAGAGAAAUCAAGGAGAUCCUUAGGCAAGUCGGAGCUAUGAUAGCAAAAGAGUUGCACUCUUUAACACAACCUGGAAUGAAUCAAAAUCAAGCUGUUGUUGCAAUUAACCUUUCAAGGAUCAUGAAAUUGAGGAAAGAAUUUUCCCAAGAACUCAACGAAGACGGUUUGAGUCCAUUGCAUAUUGCCUCAACUAAUGGGCAUGUUGAGAUUGUGAAGGAGCUUUUGAAAGCAGAUCACAAACUCUGCCUAGUUAAAGGAAGAGAAAGAAGAAUUCCCCUUCACUAUGCAACAAUCAAAGGCAGGGUUGAUGUGAUAAGAGAACUGAUUUUAGCUAGUACAGAUUCUGUAGUAGACGUGGCAGCCCGAGGAGAGAAAGUUCUUCACUUGGCUGUGAAGAACAACCAAUUUGAAGCCUUCAAAGACUUGGUGGAACAUCUUAAGAAAUUCAACAAAGAGGAUGUCUUAAAUAGGAAGGAUGACCAAGGGAACACUUUCUUGCACCUUGCAGUUUCAAAAAAACAGUACAAGAAAAAUGCUAUCUCUAAUGGGGCAUUAGAGAUCAAUUCCUUGAACAAGAAAGGUCUCACAGCUCUUGAUGUUUUUCCCUUUUUCCAAAGCGAAGCAGACAUUAGAGAAAUCAAGGAGAUCCUUAGGCAAGUCGGAGCUAUGAUAGCAGAAGAGUUGCACUCUGUAACACAACCUGGAAUGAAUCAAAAUCAAGCUGUUGUUGCAAUUAACCUUUCAAAUCCUGUCGAAGAUGUGAUGGUGAGAGGAGAGACAACUCUUCACCUGGCUGUGAAUAACAACCAGUUUGAAGCUUUCAAAGUUUUGGUGGAACAUCUCAAGCAAUUCAACAAGAAGGAUGUCCUUAAUAUGAAGGACAAACACACUGGCAACAAUAUUGUCUUCCAUAUUGCAGUCUCAAGAAAACAGUAUGAGGCAAUUAUUUUUCAUCAGUGA